AUGUCGUUCGCGGUUCUCUACCUUCGAUUGCUUCCCGGCCACGUCUCCCAACGCAUCAACCAGGCGCUCCUUGCCGUGUUGGUGGCCGAGGGCGUCGAAGCGACCAUGGUCGUUGUCUUCCAAUGUAAGCCCAUGGACAAUGCAUGGAACAUUCAGAAGGAGGGCACUUCUCUCAACUUGAAGCUCUUUUACACUGUUUCCUUCGCCAUCGAGUUCGUCACCGAAGUCUGCCUCUUCAUCCAGCCCAUCCCGGCCCUCUGGAAGCUUUAA